AUGGCUGCUUUAAGCUACUUCUACUCGGAGCCAUCGAUAACCGGCUACCAACAAGAUUAUGACCAAGUUCAAGCCUUUCUUGAUUAUGAUCCCAAUUUAUUCGAACCCAACGAUUUUUUAUCCGACCCCUUUUCAUCAUCGUUUGACUUCUCCUCGAACGAUACUAAUCCCUACCCGACAAAACUCCAAAAGGUCUCGGAUUUUUACGACCCGUUUAUCAUAAACGAGCCCGAUUUUCUCGUUCAAAACCUGAAUUCUGUUCCCGGGCUGCUGGAAGACUACAUUUUGCAGCAGCCUGAAAGUUUGUUAUUUCCGGCGGCAUUGCCCAAUUUUCCGGCGGGUCCGGUGGCGGUUUCCGGCAGGCCUGCCGCCACCGGAGGAGUGUCGGCGCAGAGCAUUGCCGCCAGGCAGAGGCGCCGGAAAAUAACCGAGAAGACUCACGAGCUCGGAAAAUUAGUCCCCGGAGGGCAGAGAAUGAACACUGCUGAAAUGCUGCAAGCUGCUUAUAAGUAUAUCAAGUUCUUGCAGGCUCAAGUGGGGAUUCUUGAAUUUGCUGCUUCAUGUGAUCAUCAUGAGGAAAAUGAGGAGGAGCCAAUAAUGGAAAGUGGUGAAGAAGAAGCUAUGGAGAUUCUUCUUGGGUCUUGCUUGGUGCAAGAAAAGCUAUAUUCUUCGGAAAAAUGCCUCGUCUCGAAGGAUUUUGUUUGGGAGAUAAGCGAAGAUCGUCAAAUUGUGGAAUGCAAUCCUCAGUUGAUUUCCAUAGUGAAACAAGAACAACACUGA